AUGCUCUCUUUCUCGGAACGCAUAAUGCUCGCGCUGAUCCCUCUCUUUCUCGUCGCCUGCUGCUCCGCUCGCACCGCUGUCGGUCAGAACGUCUCUACCCCCACAAUCGACUUUCGGUCACUGAGUUUUCCUAGCGAUGCCGAUUCGCCGUUGCUUCCGAGAACUUUCCAAGGCCACCCCACCAGUCGCGCGCUUGCGGGCGGCGCAUCGGCGGAAGGCGUUGGCGGAGCAGCACCGCGGCAGAUGCAGCCAGCGGGGCGCGCGGAAGCAGCGGGACACGCGGGACCAGCAUCCGCGGAGGUGGUGGGGAGCGCGGAGACUGAGGAAGGGGGACCGGUAGCAUUUGGGGGGCGUCGCAUUUCGUCGCUUGCUGGCGUCGCAACAGCGGGGAGUCAGAUGAAGGGGCGGAGUCCCGCGGAUGGGCUAACCCCUCGGGGCGUUCGCGGAACGACGGGGGCAGAGAAAGGCGCGCAGACGCGGAGGCGAAGUCGGGGCGCGGGGAAGCACAAACCGCACGCGGGGUCGAACAAACCGGGCAGCAAAACGGGCAAGAAAACGGGCAGAAAAACGGGCAGGAAGAGAGCUGCGGAGGAUCCGCUUUUCCCGUGGGUGGGGAAGCCGAGACUGGUGACGCUCGACGCGACGAAACGAGGGCGAUGCUUGGACGGCAGUAUUAAGCAGUGCGGCGUUCGGUCCAAGACUGUGCUCGGGUCCUCCCGUUACUACAACCAAUCGGUACAGUCACUCUGCAUUUGCUCCCUCUUCCUCCCCCCCCCCCCCAUUCCCUCCCUCUCCCUCUUCCAUUCCCUCCCUCCCUCCCUCCCUCCCUCCCUCCCUCCCUCCCCAUUCCCUCCCACUCCCUCUCCCCAUUCCCUCCCUUCUCCCCCCCCCAUUCCCUCCCUCUCCCUCUUCCCAUUCCCUCCCUCUCUCUCCCCCCAUUCCCUCCCUCUCUCCCUUCCCAUUACCUCACUCUCUUCCUCCCUCCCUCCCCAUUCCCUCCCGCUCUUCCUCCCCAUUCCCUCCAUCUCUCCCUACCCAUUACCUCCCUCUCUUUCUCCCUCCCUCCCCAUUCCCUCCCGCUCUUCCUCCCCAUCCCCUCCCUCUCUCCCUACCCAUUCCCUCCCGCUCUCCCUACCCAUCUCCUGUUUCCCUCUCCAUCUCCUCUCAUGUCUCAGUGUCUCAACCACCUUCCCUCCCCACACAGCUUCCCGUUUCCCUCCCUCCCUCGCUAGUUCCCUCAUUUUUCCCAGUCCCAACCCUCCAACAUCCUUCUUUUCCCUCCCAUGCCCAGAUUUCCACUCAUAG